UUGAACUUCGCUCUUAAAUCCAAGAACAUCAUGUUAAUGGAAGUCGUUGCAUAUUUGCUAAUUGCGUUUCAAAUACCCUUGGCUUCGUGUCGGCCACAGGGUCUAAAUUUUAAUGGAUCAAAUCCGUAUUACGACAGUUAUCUUCAGAAUCAAUAUUGGGGUAACAAUGACAAUCUGAAUUCUUAUUCAACCACCCAAAAAUCGUUGUAUCCAACACUUUAUCCUCAGAAUCCCAACACAACCCCGCAGCCGUACUACGCAAAAGGUCACCCUCCAAAUCCGAACUCCAAUUACUUCAACAGAAAUUCAUCUUUCCAAAAUCCCGGAAAUAAUUACGGCACUAACAACUUCAGUUCUUUCGGAUGGAACCCCAAUUAUAAUCCUCAAACAACACCGCCGUCUACCUAUCAACCUUAUGGACAAUUCAGUACAACUACUGUGAAGCCUCCAGUCACGACUCCACCCUCGUUCUAUCCAACAGGAUCAUUCAACCGAUUUAAUCAAACAAAUCCAACGUAUCCUGCAUCGAAUAGAACCAUUCCGACGAACCCUAGUUUUCAUCAUUAUAACAUCAAUCGUACCAAUCCAACAUAUCCUCCUUACAGACCUCAAAACACACUUCCACCUCAUGUAGCAUCCCCAAAUAAUUUUUCUAAUUUUCAUCCGCAACCAAGUUUUCCCAACAAUUCUAAUUAUCCCGUUUCGAAUAGAACAACCCCAACGUAUCCUACGUAUCCUAGCUAUAACCACUAUAACAUCAAUCGCACAAAUCCAACUUAUCCUCCUUAUCGACCUCAGAAUACACUUCAUCCUCAUAUACCAUCGCCAAACAAUUUUUCUAAUUUUCAUCCGCAACCAAGUUUUCCUAACAAUAUCAUCUAUCCUGUGUCGAAUAGAACAACUCCAACGUAUCCAACGUAUCCAACGUAUCCUAGCUAUAACUCUUAUAACAGCAAUUCUACGAAUCCAACGAAAACAAACAAUUUUCACAACAUCAGUCCAAUCAAUCAGAAUUCCAAUCGUAAUGACACCAAAUACAACCCUCAAUACCGACCGUCAGCUCCAUCAUUUGCGCCAAUCCAACCAACCAUUGAUCAAAAUGGUACUCCAUUGGCAACAUUCGCAACAUUUCAUGCAAAUCAACCGAUAGACGACUACCUGUUCAACUAUGAUAAUUUGCAUCGAAGACGACCGACUGGCGAUAUGCAAUCGGGACAAUUUCAACAGUCGAAUCAUGUACCAUUAGCUCCGUUUCCGGGCGAAAAACCACCGACUUACGAUUCAAUUUCAAACGUUCCAUUGGCACCGUUUCCAGGUUAAUUUUAAUUGUUUGCUAUUCGCUUGAAGCUAUUGAAAAAUUGAUUUGGAAGAAAAGUCAGUUGGACUCGCUGUGUCAUGUAUUCUAUUGUAAUUUAAUAAAUUAAAGUGAAACAGUAACUCUGAUAAUGGGUUUUU